GGCUGUUACAUGUUCCGCAUCGACGAGGCCGAGGUGGUGGACGCCACCAUGCACGGCAGCGCCGCGCGCUUCAUCAACCACUCGUGCGAGCCCAACUGCUACUCGCGCGUCAUCCACGUGGAAGGUCACAAACGCAUCGUCAUCUUCGCCCUGCGCCGCAUCCUGCGCGGCGAGGAGCUCACCUACGACUACAAGUUCCCCAUCGAGGAACCGGCGGCCAAGCUGCCCUGCAACUGCGGCGCCCGGCGGUGCCGGCGGUUCCUCAAUUGAAAAGCCGGGUGGUUUUUUUUGGGGGUUCGGGGAGGUUCUGGAGAUGUUUGUUGAGGUGGGGUGUGGUGGGUUGGUGGUGUUGGUGGUGGUGGUGGUGAGGUUUGGUGGUUGGGUAGAUGUUGUAGGGGUUAAUUGAGAGUUGGGGUGGUCAAUCGGGAGUUGUGGUGGUCAAUCGAGAGUUGUGGUGGUCAACCAAGAGUUGUGGUCAACCAAGGAUCAUGGUGGUCAACCAGGAGUUGUGGUGGUCAACCAAGAGUUGUGGUCAACCAAGGAUCGUGGUGGUCAACCAGGAGUUGUGGUGGUCAACCAAGAGUUGUGGUCAACCAAGGAUCAUGGUGCUCAACCAAGAGUUGUGGUGGUCAACCAAGAGUUGUGGAGAUCAACCAAGAGUUUUGGUGGUCAACCAAGGAUCAUGGUGGUCAACCAAGAGUUGUGGUGGUCAACCAGGAAUCAUGAUGGUCAACCAGGUGUUGUGGUGGUCAACCAGGAGUCAUUGGGGCCAACCAAGAGUUGUGGUGGUCAACCAAGAGUUGUGGUCAACCAAGGAUCAUGGUGGUCAACCAAGAGUUGUGGUGGUCAACCAAGAAUGAUGGUGGUCAACGAAGAGUUGUGGUGGUCGGCCAAGAGUUGUGGAGAUCAACCAAGAGUUUUGGUGGUCAACCAAGGAUCAUGGUGGUCAACCAGGAGUUGUGGUGGUCAGCCAAGAGUUGUGGUGGUCAGCCAAGAAUCAUGGUGGUCAACCGAGAGUUCUGUUGGUCAACCAGGAGUUGUGGUGGUCAACCAAGAGUCCUGGAGAUCAACCUAGAAUCAUGGUGGUCAACCAAGAACGAUGGUGGUCAACCAAGAGUUGUGGAGAUCAACUGGUGGUUGGCCAAGAGUCCUGAAGAUCAACCAAGGAUCAUGGUGGUCAACCAGGAAUCAUGGUGGUCAACC